UUUUUAUGGUAUUAGCCCUAUGGGAAUUUUUGACUGUCAGAGGAUGUGAGAAACAGGAAUCUGAUACUUCAACUUACUUCACUCAUCAUGGUGACUUCGAGGCAUUUGUGAGAAAUGGGACAUGUCCAGAAAAAUGAUGUUAUCUGACACUCUUUGUUAAUUCUAAAGCUAACUAAGUUACAAUAAGAAUGGCCCAGGGGAGGAACCCCGUGAGAGAGAGGAAGCGAUGUCUGGAGGUUCUGAACUUAACAGAGGAAGCCUCAGAAGAUCAAAUUAAGAAAAGUUACAGAAAACUGGCACUUAAAUAUCAUCCAGACAAGAACGAAAGUGAGGAUGCAAAGGAGAAAUUUCAGGAAAUCAGUUAUGCCUAUAAAUAUCUCACAGAAGGACCAGAGGCUGUAGGAUUACAUGAUGAGUCCUCAAAUGUUGGUGCCUUUGAUGAAUCAGCCUCAAUGGAUAUACUGUUUAGACUAUUCCCAUGGCUCAUUGGAGACAGAAGAGGACACUCUUCAUUCAUGUUCAGUACUGGUCCAGGCUUUGGAUUUACCUCAUUUUCUUCCAGUCCGUUUCAUUCCUCUUUUUUUUCUGAGCCAGACGAUCACUUUAUGUUUAUGGAAGAAAGCCCCUUUGAAAUGAGGCCUCGUUUUGACUACCUAUUCCACUUCCACCCUCAUGGUUUGGGGUCGAGACCCCGGUCAGGUCAACGUCAGUCACCCCGUCAAAGGCCUCACACUCGCCAUGUACACCCAGAGCGACCCCCACAACCCUCAAGAACAGCCCAACAAAACAACAGCAGCACCAGUAGUUCAUUCCCUACAGAUUAUAUCGAGAUUUCGGAUGAUGAGGAUACUCCAUUGAGAGGUACCACAGGCUCUGGAACAAGCAGUGGAACUCCUAUGGAAAAUUCCCAAAAUGAAAGUGCAAGAAAUGGGAACUAUUUUGACAAGUACAGACCUGAUAUACCUCUCACUGAACAGGAUGAAGAGGAAAUGCUGAGAAUAGCCCUGGAGCUAAGUAAGUCCGAGUUAUCCAAGGAGGAAGACAAAAACAAUAACCAGGAGAAAGAGAAAAAAACUAAAGAUGACAAAAACUUCUCAGUCAAAGUUUCCGCAGAUUAUGGUGCUGAUAUGCCCUCUAGUUCAGGGUCAAAUGGAGGUCAGUUCAGCGAUAUGCCAAUGCCCGGUAGUGAUGCUCGAGAAAUGGACGACGUCUCUACCUAUGAUAACUGUGGCAGUGACGAUAACCAGGACACGGUGUCUUGGUACGACAAUAUUGGUGGUUUAUCAGAAAACUCGAUUUACUCUCCUAUGACGGAGGUACAUAAGUCCUACUACAGCAAAAAACACCAUAAAACUGGGAAAGAUCACCCAAGGACUGCCUCCUCUUCUAGUUCCCAUGGGAAUUCCAGCAAAUCUGGUCCUUCCCACACUCAUACUGCCCAUUCCCAUGAACCGGACCAUGAGAAUAUAGGAAGGAGAAGAGUUAGUCACAAGCCCUCCAUGGCUGAUCAGGUCAAGCAUGGCUCCCAUAACUUACAUGUACCGAAGAACUCUAAAGCUGAAAAAGCAAGAGGAACACAUCAUAAGCAUUAGAUAAGGUGUGAAAUGGUUUGCUAAGGGUUUUGUAAUGAGAAUGUAGGCUUUAUAUAGAAACUUGUUUUAUUUGAAAUGACAGGAAAGAAAAGUGCUUUUUUUUAAAAAUCAAAAUGUUAAGUUAUACAUGUAUUAAAGUGUAGAAGAAAAAAAAUGUUUACGUAAAUUUAUUUAUUUUUGUUAUUGUUUUAUUUGAUAAAAAUCAAUAUUCCAUGUGCUUUCGAGUAGAUAUUACUGAGUUAAUUUGAGUAAAUGUCAUUCAGCUCAUGUGAGUUUUGCAUCAGAGGAAAGAUGAUAAGCAAAACUACAUGUGUUUGAUGACCUGACUACAACUGUAGAUGUAGUGCAUUGUAUUGUGCUGUGACACACCUGUUUGUAUGUGAGUGAAGAACAAUGGUACCUUUAGUUUGUUUUUUUUUUUUACAUAUUCCGUAAUGCCAUGAAAUGUGAUGUACACGUACAUGUAGUAAACAAUUUGUGCAAAAGCUUUGGGAUCUUGUUUGGCUGUCCGAACUCUGAGUGUAGUAUCAAAACAUUACACUGAUUUAAAAUAAAUAUUCCAACAAUUAGGUAUUUGAUUAUACAGGUUCCAACCAUUUUUUGUCUUGUAAAAUAUGCAUUUGAUUGUCUUUGUUUUCUGAAAUUUUCUCUGUGUUUAAGAUUUAAUAGUUAUCGUAUCAAGGUGUUCACUGAAUCAGUGCUCUUUGUUGUUUUGCCAAAUUUUUUGUUAUAUAUAUUUAUUGUAGGAAUGUUUCCCCGUAAAAAGUAUCAUAAAUGUGCUUACAUGUGAACAGGGAUUGUGGGAAAUGACAUAUUUAAGAAGUUGAGUCAAUAUUGCAUGGGCACUGUUUGAUGUCAAUAAAAGUCACAGAAAACAGUUAA